UAGCUUCACAGAAAGUUGUUAAGGCUGAGCUGGCUGUGGGCUGGGGCUGUUUUGAGUCUGCUGGCAGUUCCCAUCGACGUCUUUCUCUACGUGGAAGUUGGUCGCUCAGCUCGGGGAGAUUUCCACACACCGAGCCGCUUUUCCACCGUCGAUUCAAGGCGAAUUGAUCCGAGAAUCACAGGCUCCGUUACAGUAACGUCAUGGACCCAGCCAGUCAAGAUAUCAACCUGAACUCUCCCAACAAAGGUCUCAAUAUGGAUCAUUCAGACAACCUGUCCGAUGUUCAGGUGGAGGGAGCGGCGGGAAACGUGGCUCACCCUCUUCCACCCGGCCUGACGGAGGAAGAAGCCGAGGAGCUCCGCACAGAGCUAACAAAGGUUGAGGAGGAGAUCAACACCCUGCGCCUGGUUCUGUCGGCCAAAGAAAAACACGCCUCAGAGCUAAAGAGGAAACUCGGCCUCAAUCCGCUCAACGAACUCAAGCAGAACAUCUCCAAGAGCUGGCAAGAUGUACAGACCUCACAGGCCUAUGUGAGAACCACAGAGAAACUGGGCGAGUGGAAUGAAAGGGUUACCAGUUCGGAUCUAUAUCUGUCUGCCUCAGCCACUUUGGAUGACAUUGCCCACUCUGAAGCAUACAAGAAAACCCAGGAGACUCUCUCUGAGGCGGGGCAGAAGACGACCGCAGCUCUCAGCACGCUGGGCACAGCCAUCAGCAGGAGGUUGGGCGACAUGAGAGCUCUGCCUUUCUCUAAUUCCUUUAGUAGCAACUAUUCCAUUCGCCACUCCAUAAGUAUGCCUGCCAUGAGAAACUCUCCAACCUUCAAGUCAUUUGAGGACAAAGUGGGAAACCUGAAGCAUAAGGUUGUCGGACCCAGAGGGAACGGAGACGCCGUCAGCUCCCCCACCGACACCACCCCAACUCAGGACAACCCGCCGUUCUGAGCGCACAACACGCCGCCUCCUCCUCCCCCUUGCUGCCAUCUUCCUCACGACCUCAGACUGUACUGUUAUCGAGCCCGGACCUCUGACCCUUCAGCAACACUCUGCGUAUUGUCCUACGAUCUGUAAACGCACCACAGCAGGCAGGCUGAUGAGUCGACUGUCCCAUCACUGCUGCUUCCUCCACCUUUGGUUCUCUUUCUCACUCUUCAAAGAUUGUUCAAACCGGAAUAAUUUGCCUUUCCUAUCAUCAGUCCUCAACAUCGUUUUAAGAAGGAAAAACCUAAAAGAUGUUGAGGUUUUCAUGUCAUUUUGUUUUUUAUUUUCACUUGUAGUUUAAUAGCCGACGUCUCUGAGGCUCACCGAGCAUCAGGGUGGAUUCGGGUGCCAGUUAAAAACCAGUUUAGCUUCCACCCACACUGUGAGCAACUGUUACUAUCACCACUGUUUCCUCACCUGUCUCACUCGCACCCAGUUCGUUCCUCCACUCUUUAGACGCAGACUUUGCUUCGCCGUUAUUAAGGACAUCUUAGAUAUCUGCAUGUUUGCUUCAUCUUAGAAACCCUGCAAACAGCCACAGGAAAAGAAAAAAAAAGCACCCAAGUUGUAAAAAACUGCACCCAUUUU